AUGCCGCGGAGGAAGAGAGAGAGAAUCGGAAUCGGAAUUGGAAGUGAAGAAAGUGAAAGAGAUCUGAGGGAUGGAAGAAGAUUGAAAUUAGAAAAUGGAAGGUUUACAUUGAAAUAUUUUGAGAAUCAUUUUGGAUUACUUUCAAAAGGAUAUGAAGUUUGCAUUUCUAGUGCACAUGGAUUUGUUAAAAUUGAUCUUGUCAAGAGUACUUCCAAGUCAGUUUUUGGUGAUCAGCUGGACAUGGCAAAUUUUAACAUAAGUCGAGUAAAAUUUGAAAUUUUACAUUGGUUUAUUGUGAAAGUGUUGUAUAGGAAUCCUCGAAACUGGGGAAAAGUUGAUGAUCAGGAUCUUUAUCUCAUAUGGAUUCUUCUAAACAAAAUUUGCUUUAAUUGGUUCAAGUUUAUUCUUCAGAGAGUUAAGAACUUUAGGACUUCUUCAAAUAUAUCAUUAUUCUUUUCCUCUUUCAUUUGGAUCAUAUUGGAAUUGAAUGAUAUCACGUCCACUGAUGAAGAGUUAGUUAAAGUGCUAAAGCUUAUUGAUUCAACUACAAUCAGUUUGAUGCGAUGGUACAAGUAUAAAAACAAUGAGUGA